AUGCUGCAGCGAGGAGGGCUUGUGAUGCGAAGGGGUGGUUGUGCACCGACGACGUUGCGUUGUGCCGCUACUCGAUUCGGCCGCGCGACAUCGAUCGGAUUUGACGGCCGUGCCGCCCUGCCGACGGUGCUGGUGGGACGCGAGUACCACGCAGAGAGGGACUUCAACGUAGUGGACGGAUCGGUGGAGAUGAGCCAGGACGAAUGGCGCGAGAAUGGUCGCGUCAUGCUGGACCUCGUCAACAAGCUGAAGCACGAAGUUGCCACCGUCAAGGCUGGCGGCGGUGAGAGUGCACGCAACCGUCACGUGGCCAAGGGCAAGCUGCUGCCUCGCGACCGCAUCCUCCGCCUUCUCGAUCCCUCGUCGCCCUUCCUCGAGUUGUCUCAACUGGCGGGCCACGGCCUCUACGAGGACCACGUCCCUGCCGGCGGCAUCAUCACCGGCAUCGGCCGUGUCCAGGGACAGGAGUGUAUGAUCGUGGCCAACGAUGCGACGGUGAAGGGCGGCACGUACUACCCAAUCACUGUCAAGAAGCACCUGCGGGCACAGGAGGUGGCCCAGCAGAACCGGCUCCCGUGCAUCUACCUCGUCGACUCGGGCGGCGCCAACCUGCCCCGCCAGGACGAGGUCUUCCCCGACAAGGAGCACUUCGGUCGCAUCUUCUACAACCAGGCCAACAUGUCGGCCCAGGGCAUCCCCCAGGGCAACGGCACCAUCUUCCUCGGCGGGCCGCCGCUGGUCAAGGCCGCCACGGGCGAGGUCGUCACCGCGGAGGAGCUGGGCGGCGCCGACCUGCACUGCCAGACUUCGGGUGUGACCGACCACUACGCGCACGACGAGGAGCACGCCCUGGCCCUGGCCCGGCGCAUCGUGGCCAACCUCAACCCGUCGCACACCAAGCAGCGCAAGGCGUCCUGGGAGCCCGAGCCGGUCAUCGAGCCGCGCUACCCGCAGACCGACCUGUACAACCUCAUCCCGUCCGACGCGCGCAAGCCGUUCGACAUGCGCAAGAUCCUGGCGCGCGUGCUCGACGACUCGCGAUUCGACGAGUUCAAGGCCCUCUACGGGCCGACGCUCGUCACCGGCUUCGGCCGCAUCCACGGCCACCCGGUGGGCGUCGUCGCCAACAACGGCAUUCUCUUCUCCGAGUCCGCUCGCAAGCGAGGAGUGCCGCUGCUGUUCCUGCAGAACAUCACGGGCUUCAUGGUGGGUCGGUCCUACGAGGCCGGCGGUAUCGCCAAGGACGGCGCCAAGAUGGUGCCCAAGAUCACCGUUGUCGUCGGCGGCUCCUUCGGUGCCGGCAACUACGCCAUGUGUGGGAGGGCGUACAACCCGCGGUUCAUGUUCAUGUGGCCCAACUCGCGAAUCUCGGUCAUGGGCGGCGAGCAGGCGGCGUCGGUGCUCACCCAGAUCAAGCGCGAGGCCAUGGUCAAGUCCAAGUCCUCGCAUCAGUGGUCGGCCGAGGAGGAGGAGGCCUUCCGCCAGACCAUGCUCGCCAAGUACGACAAGGAGGGCCACCCGUACUACGCAUCGGCGCGGCUGUGGGACGACGGCAUCAUCGACCCGGCCGAGACCCGCAACGUGCUGGGCCUCACCCUCGCCGCCUGCCGCAACGCUCCCAUCCCGCAGACCCAGUUCGGCGUCUUCCGCAUGUAA